AUGGCCAGCACAUAUAUUGCAGAAAUCUGCCCUCCUACAAUCGCCGGCUUCUUGACGGCAUUCGUGAGUUGCUGUUGGGUCAUAGGCCAGCUUUCCUCAUCCGGAAUACUCUGGGCCAUGAUUGGCCGUGAAGGCGUUGCCGCCUUCCGGAUUCCUAUGGCUGCGCAGUGGAUCAUCCCGGUUCCUAUCAUCGUGGGCUGUUAUUUUGCGCCUCCUUCGCCCUGGUGGCUUGCACGUCGUGGACGCCUCUCAGAGGCUUUGGACGCUCUGAAAAGGCUUGCAAAUCGGUCUGCACAGGAUUCGUCUUUGACGACGUUGGAUCGCGACCCGCCUCUGACGACUCCGAUCAUUCGCCUCGUCGAGAUUCAGGAAGUUAUUGCUCUGGAGGAGAAUGAUUUGCACAUUGGUGCUACAUACAAGGAUUGCUUUCGAAAGACCAACCUCCGCCGGAUGGAAAUUUCCGUUAUGACCAACCUAGGCCAGAACAUUGCUGGCUUUGCCAUUGCCAGCCAGCUAGUUGACUUUAUGCGGCUUGCUGGACUCGACAGCAGUGACUCGUUCAAGAUGGCCUUUUGGGCAACGCUAAGCCUGUCGCCCAAUACAGUUGCUUGUGCCGUGAGCGCCUCAGAUCUUCGGACCAAAACCCUCGUCCUGUCGCGGAUGGCAAGCGAUGCGACUAACCUGGUCCAGGCGGCUGCCGGUCCCUACAUGUUAAGUGUUGAGUACGGAAACCUACAAGGAUACGCAGCUUUUCCAGCUACGGCUGCAGUUGUGGUGUGGAUAACAUGGGCCAUCUUUCGCCUUCCAAGAACAGAUGGGAUUCCACAGCGGAUCAUUGAUCAUCUAUUCCAGACAGGCGUUCCCGCUCGACAAUUUCCAAGAGAAGCCGAGAAGAUACAGGAGUGGGAGGCCUCUGCAAACCGGGUGGACGACAGCAAUGCGAGAGGCUUUGAUUUACAGAUGGUGGAGCAUAGCAUCGUUCAGCUCGGACAUGAUCGUGUAUAA